UCUGAAGCCGAUCGAGCCCUCUGUCAGACAAAAGCAUGGCGGGUAAUUUGCCUCCGCACGGUGACAUUCUCCGUUUGAGCGAAAUCCAUGAGCGGGGGCCGCUGCUCAUGGCUGGAAAAUCUGUCAGAGUUAUGGGAAAGCUCACUCGGUACGAUGCCAUUGAGCAACUAGCCCUCAUAACAUCCUCCGAGCGCAACUCCACCCAUCACCUUCAAGUCAACACCCGUCUCGUAGAGCCAUUCCAGUCCAGGAUCGGCUCCACGUUUCAGUUCAUUGGCGAGAUGCCUUCGGAGAUGGAGAGGGAUGCUGACAUGGUCGUCCAUGCCAGGGUCGUCCGGUGUGUAGAUGGAAUCGACUCAACCAUGUACUACAACGCUUGUGACGUCCAGAGGAAAUUCUUGGCAUCGAGAGGACCAGCAGCAGCGGCAUCGAGAGGACCAGCAGCGGCAGCAUCUGCAUCUUUUACUACUUGAAAGCAAAUUAUGUGAGGUUUGUUCGUAUGUCGAUACCAUCCAAUCAUGGUCAGAAUGAAAGAAUUCAGCUCCACAAUCUUUGCUGUGAAUCUGUAUGGCCUCCAGACACCAGAGGGGCGUUUCACAAAACAAUUUGUCAUCAUGACAAAUGACAAUUUGUGUUAUAAGCUACUGAAAUCCUUGCUUCUGAUUGGUUAUCAACAGAUUUGUCACUGAUUUUUGUCAUUUGUCAUUUAAAAAAGGCUUUGUGAAACAGGUCCCAGUUCUCAAACUUACAGAGCUAUAGAUCUGUAUGUUUGGGAUAUGCCAGUGACAACGAUGGUCGACCUCUCAACUGCAGAGGUGAAUUAACUCGGCCAGGAUAAUCAGCAGAAAUUCUGCAAAAAAAAUUCUUGUUAGAAUUUGAAAUGAUCCAUCUUGUUUGUUCAAUUCAAUGCCAUCAAUAACAAUCAAUUGGAUCUGUAUUAUCUUGAUAAUAUGGCCUAUUCCGGCUGUUUUUUUUAUUGUUUUAACCAUGCGAUCUGGCUUCUUUGCAUCGCCAAUGCAGAUUUUUACAAACUUUUGAUUUAAGUUCCCCAUAAUGGGCAGCUUAGGCAAUUUGUAGGAUGUUUGGUAAAUAGUAUGCGGUUAAUUGUAACUUGAUACUACUAGGAGCAUCCAGUCCACUGCUGAACGAUGGUUGACCCAUUCUUGCCACAGCUCUUUCUUUUUUUGAUGAACGAGGACCACUCUUUGAUGGAGAUGUGUCGUUUCAAAGAGGAGAAGUAAAGAUCCCUUUUCAGUGAGUUUCCUUUUUCUGCCUUCAUUAUUUUCACUGUAACUGUCUUCUUUUAUCAGUGACAACCUCAACAAGAGUCACACAUGUUUUGGUGAUUGCUACCCUUUGUAUGAUGAUAAAGCAGUAUUUUAUUGGCAAGGUUGAGUCAAGAUAUUGGUGAAAAUACAUCUCUCAGCUGCUGGCAUGUGUACAAAGCUGAAUCUUAUAUUUUUUAUUUUUUGUUGUUGAUUGGUUGCUUUUAUUCAUGUUCCAUGCAAAAAUAAAAAGUAUUACCGCUA